AUAGCUAGGUGACAAAGAUAUCUUGAUUAAUUAGCGUAUUUAAUCGUUGAUUAAAUUCAUCGGGAUUUAGUUAAAAUUGUUCUGAAUUAUUAAAAUUGAAUUAGAACUCAAUCAUUCAGAACCACUGAGGAUUGAAGGUUAAGUUAUAUUAGAUUGGUCGAUUUUUCCAUUUUAAAUUUUCACUCCUUAAGCCCCCAAGUAUAGUCCAGGUCUGUGUGAACAGAUCUUUAGCCAAUUGAGUUUGCGCGACGGCCGACGCUCACCCUGAUCGCGAUCUCGUUGUUUUUGUUAUGAAAACGAUCAGCUGUGAGAAGGUUCCGAGGAUUUUCGUCGUACCGGCUAUCCGUUCGCGGCGAGGCGAGUUUCGGACAGAACGGUCAGAAGUGGCGGCGACGACGACGGAACGGUGACAUUUCAUCUUCCGUGCGCGCGAAUGACGAACGUCGGAAAAGCCGAGUCGAGCGCGCCGACGAUCCGCGUCUCGUCCGCAUCGUCCGAGCCGCGCGCGACGAUUUGAGCGAUCAUCCGCGCGAGCGAAUCCGAUCUCUUGGAGAAGGCGUCCUAUCGCCGGUGGAUCUCUAGUAGCCCUGCCAAGGAACGACGCGCGGGCGGUUUUCGACGACAGUAUCAAGUCUUCCUCACGGUACUCCGUCGUGGGAAAGGUAACGCGUCGAACGUUGACGCGCAGAUGAUAACUGUGUACCGUACAGUUGUCCUGCGUCAAGUCUCACGAAAAUGGCCUCAUCGGAAAUUGACGACUUCUUGGCGGGGCCAUUGGUCACCUGGUUUGCUAGCUGUUUGGAAGAUCCUAAUGUAUUGGCGAACUAUGAGGAUUUAGUGGAUGGUACCUUAUUACAUAGCGUCUUCCUACAGAUUAAUCCAGAACCACUGCAUGAUGAAGUAGUGUCAUCCAAUAACAAUCCUGUAAUUCGUACGAAAAAUUUGAGAACCGUGAUACAGAACAUAAAGCAGUUUUACGAAGAGGAAUUGGAUCAUGUGAUUCUGAAAUUACCUGAUAUUGUUAGUUUGGGAAAGGAGCCAGAGUUGUACAUAGCAGAUAUGAAGUUAUUGCUAUUAUUGCUCCUAGGAUGUGCUGUCCAGUGUCCAAAUAAGGAAAAAUUUAUUACUAACAUAAAAGCCCUACACGUUGACAUGCAGCUUGCAAUAGUUGAAUGUAUUAAACAGGUUACGGAUCACCAAGAUAUAGUCAUUACGCAGGAUGCUAUGGAAAAUGCAAAUAUGGGUUAUUUAUUUGUCCAAAUAAAAAAAUGGAUUCAAGAAUUGGAUUUAUAUCGGCAGAAAUGGAAGGACACAGUGCUAGACGAUAGCGUUGAACGAAAUGACUCAUCUAGCAGUGCGGAAUCUGAAGACAUAAUUAAGGUGCAACCUCAUCCUGUCACUAAAACAGAAAGAGGAGAUAAUCAUCAUUAUGCGGUUGAAUUGGCCGACUGGAAAUCUAAAGUUCGGAAACAGCGUCAAGAAUUGGAGGAAAAAACUGAAGCUCUACUUGAAUGUAAGGAAGAACUGGAGCAUAAUAAAACGUUGCUUAUAAAACUAAGACAAGAGAACCAAGAGUUAAUGCACGAAGCUCGUACUGCUAAAUCAUACAGGGAUGAAUUGGAUGCUGUGAUUGAAAGAGCGGACAGAGCGGAUCGUUUAGAAAUAGAAGUAACGCGAUAUAGAGAAAAACUUACGGACAUUGAAUUUUAUAAAACUCGAAUAGAAGAGCUGCGUGAAGAUAAUAGAGUUUUAAUGGAGACUAGAGAAAUGCUUGAAGAACAAUUAAGUUCAUCAAGAAACAGAGCGGACAAAGUAUUGGAACUAGAGUCUGAAAUUAUUAAGUAUAAGCAAUUACUUAACGAUAUGGCAUUGGAACGUGCAGCUGAUAAAGAAAAAUAUCAAGAGCUUGUUGAAGAAAACACGCAACUACAUCAAUUAACAAAAGCUGCUAAUGAGGCUGCAUUAGCUGGAUCUAGUGACUCUGAAGAACCAGUGCAUAAUGAUAAUAGACUAUCCGAACAAUUAACGAGCAAUGCUCAGGCGCGGGCAUUAAAAUUAGAACUGGAAAAUCGUCGUUUAAAUACCUUAAUUGAUUCGCUAAAAGAAAGUUCAUUCCAUGAAAAUUCCUCUCGCGUUUUGGAAUUGGAAAAAGAGAAAAAGAAACUUUCGUUAAAGAUUGAAUCAUUAAACGAUAACAAAGACAGACUUGUACAACAAAACACUGACCUGGAAUUAGUCUGCAAACAAGCAUUAGAAGAAAAUAAGAAACUUCAAACAAGUCUCAAAAAUCAACGAACUUCUUUCGAGAAGCAACAACAAGAAAUCCAAACUCAUCAUGUAAAAAUGAUGGAAUUGGAAAAAAAUUAUGAUAUCGCAGUGAAAGAGAAGCAACGUGUUCAGCUAUUACUGGAGAGUGUGCAACGACGCGCUGAUGAUUUGGAACGCACGCUGGAAACGACAAAUCAAAAAGUUGAUGAACUGAAGCUAAUUGAAAAUAAUAUUAAUGAUAUUAACUCCAAGUGCGUCGAUCUUGAAACAAGAUUAACGGUAACGGAGAAAGAGAAAGAUAGUGCACAACGCGAUAUUCACAAAUGUAGAGAAACAAUUGAGGAAAAAGAUGUAGCCUUGGAUAAAGCAACAAAUACAAUUGAAGUCUUGGAAAGGAAAGUAGGGCAACUUGAACAGGAGUUGCAAAAUUGCGUUACACAGAUAUCGAGGUUGCAAGAAAUUGAGCGGUCUAGUAAAGAACUUGAUUCACGAGCUGCGAUCGAUAGAGAAACUCUAGAGAUACUGCAAUCUAAUCUCGUCGCAGAAAAACUAAGCAAUCAACAAUUGUACACAGUUUUGGAAAAACUUGGCCUUAGCGAUAAUAUAUUGCUGUCCCAGCCUUUGGAGACUAUAUUGGAAAGAAUUGCUCAAAUACCAGAAGUUAUAAAUCAUAUUAAAAAAUCUUUCGUAUCGGAAAACAAUGAAGAAAAAACGUCGAAAACUGUAACUUGCACCGAUAAAGAGAGCAAUGUUAAUAAGACUUUAGAGACCGUGAUAGAACCUUUAAAGAGAGAGCUAGAACACUUACAAAUGAAGGCAUCAAUGUCCGAAACGGCAAUGGAGCAUUUAUUGUCUGAGAACGCAAAACUUCAGGUUCACAUAACAACAUUACAAUCACAAAGCAAUUCGUUAACUGCACAACAUACCGCAUUGCAAUUAGCCAAUUCGCAACUUGUCGCGGAGAAAGAAGAGCUCUUGAAAGAACGUAGCACACAGCAGAACGUUUAUUCCGCGCUACUUCAUGAUCAGAACACGUUACAAUCAUUGCACGAGCAACUAAACAACGAAUACGAGAAUCUACGUCGCGAACGGGAUGUUCUUAAAUCGAACUUAAGAGACGUGAAGAAUGAAAAUAGAACGUUGCGUGAGACUUGUGAGAGAUUAGAAACGAGAAAUGAAACACUGCAAUCUGAACGAGAAGCUUUGAUUAAUAACACAAAAAGUUUGAAUAAUUUGCGUGGAGAACAUUCAAAGUUGAAGGAUGACUUCAGAAAUCUAUAUACUGCAAGCGAAAGAUUGAAAGCAGAGUAUAGAAACUUACAAGAUGAUUAUAGAAAGAAUAAAAUCGAGAUGAAUCGUCUGAGCUUAAAGCAGACUGAAAUGCAGGGCGAACUUAGUGUCAAAGAUGAACAAUGUUCAGAUCUAAAAUUGGAAGUCAACAGUCUUCAUGAACGAUGUGAUAGGCUGCUAGAAAUGAAUUCUGGAUUGGAUAAUGACAGACGUUCCUUAAUGGAGCAUAUAAGCUUAUUGUUUACGCAAUACCACGAACUUUUAACACAUUCGCUUCAAGAUAAAGAGCAUUAUCACAUGGAAGAAAAACUGUUUGCGGAUAAAGUUAAUCAUUUGUACAGACAGAAGGAAAAGCUGGAAGACAAGAUUAUGGAGCACUACAGGAAAUUGAAUAGCUGCACUACCAAAAAAAAAGGUUUUGGAGCCAGUUUAGUACGCAGAGUCAGAAAAGCCGGAUCGGAGCUUCUCAAUAAAAACCGACGUUCAUGGGCUGAAGACUCCAAGCAGUCGGACAGUAAAACAUAUGAGUCAGACACAGGUGGGAACGAUUCAGACGCGAGCACCGACGAUUAUCGUUUACCCGGACCGAGCAGAGUGUUUGGAUCAGAUGCGCUUGGACAUGCUGGAACCAGAAGAACGGUGUAUUAUACUGACGAUUCUCCACCAUCGUCUGCUUCGUUACCUGCGGACAGGCUAUUAAGUGAAUCCUUCCAGGAACAAAGAGACAACGUACACGCCGCACAGAUGGAGACGAAUUUAAAACCGGAAACGCAAGCCGAGUCACGUCCUUUCUUGAUCUACAAUAAAGUAUCAGCAGUCAUAAACGAAUCCAAAAACAUUGGCAGUAGUCCGAUGAAGGAUACGGUGCAAGAUGAGGCGCUCACAGAACCACCCACUGAGAAAGAGCCAAAGACUGGCAGUCCGAUAUGGUACGAAUAUGGUUGUGUAUAAAGCUUCCAUGUCUUUGAUGCUUUUAUUAGUAUGUUCGAAGUAAAAAGAGGCAGAAAAAAAGAAAAA